UUUGACGCGUCAAGUGGUACUGUCGCGCUUCCACCUCGAGGGUCGCUGCGUUUAUCGGUAACUGUUUUACAUAAACAUUCCUGGGAGGGUGGUAGAUCGGCAAGAGCGGAGUCGCAUCGAGCUUCGCGGAGAUUUCUCUAAGUGAUCUCAAGUGUUUUCGCAGUUGAUUCGGCGUUCUCCAGGCGCGAUGGUCUCGUCUGACGCUUUUUAAGCUUCGUUUAACCCUGGCCUCGGGCUCCGAUCCAGCUAACUUGCGUAUUUAGUUAGUCAACCCUGCCCGCGAGGCGUCAUGGGAAACGACAAGUGGCUCGGACUCGCCCCAUCGAAAGCUGCCGACGUUCGACCGUAUCACCGGCUGUGUACAUAUUCAGAUACGUAUGCGUGACGUGCGUGUAUAGGCCGCUAUGUCGUUGCACCGAGCGGUCUGUAUGCCUUUCAUGUGAUAAUCCUUGUGUAUUUAAUCGGAGAACGCCGAUGAUGCCGACUCGGUGCUUGACGUAAAAAGUGAACGAUCCCUCGUGGAUUAGUUCGUAAUUUGGUUUGAGCGUUGAGGCUAGAGAGAGCACUCGAACCUUCAAUGAGUGUUUGUUUAACAGUUUAGAGUUUUUUGGACUUUGAUUUUCACCGCUUUCUCGACCGUCUUUCCGACUCGCGGCUUUUAAUUUCAUGCGAGGUGUAUGCUUCAGUCAUUGCUGCUAAUUCCUGACAAAAACGCCCGCGCAGCGUAAAAUUGGAUUUAAUACGUUAUUAUGUCGCGGGCUUGCCGAGUUCAAGCCACAAAAUAGCGCAUUUAAUGACCAGGACGUAGCCGUGCUGACGUCUGAAAUUUGAGAUCGUAAAAUUAUAAAGCUCGUCGUUCGAAGCGAAAGUGCUGCAUGGUAAUUAACGCUGCCGUAAAUGAACCGUAUAUAAAAGCUGCAUUAAUUUAAUUAAAAGAGUUUUACACAGUUGCUGUGCUUAAUAAGGAAUUACGCGUGAGACGAGAGACACAGUUCAACAAUAAAAUACAACAAUAUAAUGAUCAUAACAGAGAUAAGAUUAAUUAUAAACCCUCUAUGUUGUACUCGUUAUCACUUAUCGAAAUUACACUGUCUUAUCGCGAGAAUUACCAAUACCACUCGUCCCGUAACCUCCGCAAUCGCAAGAGAUCGAUAAUGCAAUCGCCAUAUGAAGUCACCUGCUUCAACACGCGCUCUCGCACCUUAAUUAUGUUUGUACAGGAAAGAUUACAUUUAUCGCGAUUGCGUCUGAUGUUAUUAUAUCCACGCAAGGGAGAUUAUAUUCCGAUAAUAAUUUUUAGUACCACGAUGCAAUGAGAAUUGCUCUACUCUGUGAAGUUCUGCGCGUCUUUUCUCGACAUUCCGCUAUUCGCGACUAACUUGUCGAGUAGCGGUGAUAAUAAAUGAAAUUCAUUCACGCGUAAUGCAGUAAGGUCUGGAAAUUUUCGUAGCAUUUCCCGAAUACAGGUAUGCUAAAGGGUUUCUUUGCUUGUUAGAGCAUCCGGAGUUUCCUUGAUUCUCGUAGCUCUUUAAUUUGCUAAUGAAUUGCCUUCGGAAAGAGAAAUGUUUUGGCAGAGGUCAUGCUACUUCUGCCAGUUGACGAGGUCCUACCCAAUUUUAAAGCUUGUUGAUAUUUACGAUCGCCAGGUAAUCGUUCAUGAAUCAAUGCAAAAGCGAAAUGAUUUUACCUUGAUUGUAUCUGAUAUGUCUCUAUUGAUAUUCAUAUUCGCAGUCAUUUAUACGAGCGUACGUCUUGGAUAACGUCCAUGUCUGCAUAUUGAUGUACAUCCUGCUUUAUGCGGCGCUGUGGUAUGCUAAUUACAUAAUACAACGAAUAGAAAAGUCAAAUCAAGAAAUGUCAAUGACAGUUGCGGACAAUAAAAUGGUGAGUUUAAUUUUGCUUAUGUUAUGUAUAUUUAAGAGUCUAUGCGUCAUGUAAUUUUUAAGAAUAAUUUAUUAAAUUUAAUUUAUUCUCACUAAGAAAUUUUUUAGAAAUUGGACAAAUUGUUAAUACUAAAGAAUAAAAAGGCGGAAUUCCAAGAAGUGAUCGUAAAAACAGUUAGUGUCUUCUUGUUUCCUUUUAUUGUUUUAUAAUUACAAUAAUUAUAAUAAUAUUGUUUAUAGGCAGAUGCGCAAAAAUUAACUACAAAAUAUCUAGAAGAUGAAGUAAGAACAUUAUAACUUAUGUAUAGUCAGUGAUUUGAAAUGCUCAUAUUAAUAAAUAAGUUUAUAAUAUUACACUACAUUACAAAUAUAGUUUAAUCAUUCAGAUGCACAAACUGAGCACAGAAUUAAUAACGACGUCCAAUAAAAUUGUCGAACUAGAAAGGAUCAUUGAGAAAGUAAUCGUAAUUUUUUGACAUUUAGAAAUCGCGUUUUUUACCAGCUUCAGUAAUUAUUAUUAAAUCGUAGAUGGUUUUUAGUACAAAUAUCCAGAGAAAUCACUUGCAUAUUCAGCCGAUAUCAUCACAACCCGCGAAGGUGAAUGUCCAGAAGGACUCAAAGGAACCACGAAUUCGCUCGAGAACUUUAAGAUUCUCGAACCGUCGUUUCCACCGUCCCUACCGCCGGAACCACCUCCUAGAAAAUACGGGAUCUUUCUCAGCCGACCGCCUGGACAACGCAGAACGUUAUCUGCAGCUGCACCUGCAACUGCACUGCCAAAACUCGGAUUCAAAUAACAGCGCAUCGGCAGAAGCUUCCUCGGAAUCUAUUAAUCGAUAUCUUAAUUUCGCAAACUAUAUCCUUACAGCUAUCCGCAGAAUUUCCUCAAAACAUAGCAAUUAUCAUGACGGUGAUCGAAAAAGACAUCGUAAACGGGUUUCUAGGAUACGUUUACGGCAAUCCUCGUAUUCCUGCUUGCGUAAAAUUCGUGUGGAUUCCUUAAGGAAUGUUACACCUUUUACAAAAUCUCUAUUACAACUUGCUACGGUUUUUCUGCAAGAAUUCGAUAAAAAUAAGAGUUUUAGGUAAUUUCAACAUUUUAAAGACAAAAUCUAUGAUUUCUUAUCAUUUUUUAUUUUGGUAUUUGGAGCGUUAUGUUUAUCAUAUGCAUUAUUUUGUAUAUCAUAAAUAAAAUAUAAUUUUAAUGUGAUAACACAUUUAUAUAUUUUUACAAUGUUAUAUAUUGUGCAUUGUUGUUAAAAAAUGUGAAUAAAAGUCUUAACUUUUCUUUAUUCAUUUUAUUUUAAUUUAAUUCCAUUUUUGACUAUUUCUUAUUUUAACUUUAAUCGAAACAUGAAUUAUAAAUAAAAGAGGUUUAUUGCUGUUACAAUUGAUUUCGUAUUAUAAUCAUAUGUCACGGAGUAUUUUUCACGAUAGCUGCAAUUAUCUAUAUUUUACGUGAAUAAUAGACGGACGUGCACAUACACAUACACGAGAGAUACUACAAAACGAAAAAAACAAUAUAUGUAUAUAUUUGCACGUAUAUGAAACGCACGUUUCUUUGUGGCUUCUGUGCGUGAAAUAUGAGCGAUCUCACGUCAAAUCAAAGCAAGCACUUUCUGCUUCGCAGUUUUCCUUCUUUGAAAGUUCAGUCAAUCGAACGUGUUCGACAUACCAUUUCAUCGAUAAGAGCUCGAAAACAUGUUUCGAAGACAGCGAUCGAAAUAUAUGCUGAUUAUUAUCAUGUCCUCGUUCUCGUAUUUUUGAUCAAGCGCCGAAAAAGUUAUAUUAAUCUCGAUCGCUACUGCGUUAUUCAAUUAUAUCUUUUCGUCUUGUACGAUGGUAAGGAAGCGAGCGUAUUAUAUGGUAUUUCUUAAUCCAGCUCAUAUUUAUCGAAUAAAAUCUCUCUUAGCGAUAACGCCGAAGUGGUACGACUCAGCGGGAAAGAAAAUGCCAAUGCCACGCUCUCAAAACGAGACAGCCGAGGUGUAACAUGGCAUACCCAAGUGCUUACCAUAUAAUUUACAGUCUGCAAAAGUUUCGUGACGCGAUGAAACCGAUCAUCAAUUUUGAUACGAAAAUUAUCUUCGCUGCUGGGACUUUCGCAUUAAUCCUGCUCUGUAAAGCGUAGGUGAUGUCCGAGAGAAAAAAAUAAGUGAAUGAACCGAUCCACUUUUCACUUGCGUAACCAUUUUGCAUGUGAAUAUGUAGUUUGCCAUAAAUAAUUAUUAAGAGAUAUCGUUUAACUUCUAGCACACGUGUUCUUCAGAAUUAUUCCAGAAUUAUUUAUUUAGACAUACAUGUUAUUUUCAUGUAUUAAAAAUGUAACAGACUAGUAAGCAUGCUAAAUACUUUUAAACACGUUGCAACUUGGUUGCAACUUGGUUGCAGUGUGUUUAAAAGUGUUUAGCAUGCAUGUAUAAUUAAAGCACGUUAGAGAAACUACGUGGAACUUAGACUAUCGAAAUAUCGCUUGUUCGUUUGCUGAGUUAGCAUGCUUACUAGUCUGUUGCAUUCUUAUUCAAGGCAUGAACGAAAGCAUUCAAUUGCUGUAUGCACAUUAAGAUUGGCAUGCAAUUGGAAAGCUUAUGCUACAUACGGUAAUCUUUCGGUGCAAUUUCUGUUCCAUGUGAGACACGACCUAUUAAUAAUUGUGCACUGACAUUAUCAUCUUUACGCUCUGCUUGUCAUGGUCGAUCGAAGCUUUCUUUCUUUCUUUUUUUCCUCACAACGUCAUUCUCGAUGCAUAAAUCUAGCAGUCGCAAGUGACCGCUUUGCAUAAAUACCAUCGAAAAUUCAUCGAAGGAAGAAUGACCGCCUUCUGCUCAUAAAAUUCGGCCAAACUUUCACCUAUUAAAACUGGAACAUAUCUUGUUGACUCGUUCUCUUUUAAUAAAAAUUUGUUCGAACAAUAUUAAAACAAUCUGUAUUAUUUAGUCUAAACACUUUAUACAGUUCCUUUGUGCAUUCUUUAGAGGUACAAUUCAUUUAUGUCGACGCAAAACAAAAUAGUCUUCUUUAUUCUUCUUCACUUAUCGUAAUUCUUCUGACAUUAGAGAGCAAAAAGGGAUAAAGUACUUCCGAUUGUAAUAAUUAUUACUGAUACUAAAACCGGCGAUUAUCUUUGCGCGCGGACCGUCUCGUUCGAACGGCAGAACUGCAACGUCGGGCGAGUCAUUGAAACCUGUAGACCCGCGAGCGAUCGACCAACUUUCACUGACAACGCUCGUUAGGUUCGCCGCCGUGGUUUCGAGUCAUUCACAGUCAUUCCGUGACUCCGAGCGACCGCGGUAGUGUUCUGCCCGGGUAUUUCUCUUCUGGGUGGAAGAGCGGCCCCGUGCGCGAGCUGUCAGUCGCGUGUGCUGAGUGAUACCGUAACACAGUGCCACGUUUGCGUAUUUCACGUUUUGCAGUUUCCUCGACGAGUUUCGCGAGUCGCGCAAAACAUUUUUCAUAUCUCCUUUGUUCUAUUUUCUCUCUCUUUUUUUUCUUUUUUUACGAACCCUUUUGCGUCUCGCGCAGACGUCGCCUGGUGACACAGUGAUAUUCGACGUCCAACAUUUUAUCCGGAUAUUUUCACAGCUCUCCGAUUGAUGGAAAGAGAAAUCCGUCGCACAGCUAUGCGUGUAUAUAAUCGCGGGACCUGCGUGCACGCACGGUACUGAGUUACGAGUAUCGCGCGGAUUUCGAUUUACGCGUGAUUUGAUUUAGCGAGCGUCGGGUGGCGCAUGAUUUUCAGUCAACGAUGUCAUCCGGGGAUUGACCGUUUGUUUUCGGGUAAUUGCUCGCCGGAAUUUCGACGUUCCGCGCGCGUGAUUUAGCGAACGAAUCGCUCUCUGUUCGCUGUCGCGAAGGAUGGGGAUAGGUCGCGCGAAUUAAUGCCGGCGACGUGCGCAUUUAUGAAUGCGUGAUUCGGGAACAGGUUCUAGUUAUUUUCGUCUGAGAUCGGAUCUUUACAAUCUGUUGGGAAAGGUCAUGCGUUUCCGAGACACGACAGAAGGAAAAUCCUCGUUGCAUUUUCGCCGAGUAAUUCUAUCGGUGCAUUGAAAGUGCGUGCGGCAAUACAAGGCGGUUGUCAGCGUUGAAGCGGCCUCGCUUUCGAGGGCGACUUUGUCGCCCCGGAUGAAAGUAAGACGGACGCCGUAAGAGGAUUUAGCUUUAUUGCCGCAGCGUGCGGUCUUCGAAGAAAGUGGAAGUUACGGAGAGUGAGAGUCUCCUCUAUCGAGAUAGAAAAGCCGCGCGAUCGUUUCACAACGUCAACCGACUGAUUACGUCAAUCGCGAAUACAGGGACAGGUAUUUGUUUCGACGAUCACGUGUACCAUUGACAAGAAUUCGGGUUAAGGCGAACUCAAGUCGCUUGCGCGGAAUGCGAUUGACUCCAUUGUACAUUUACGUAAUGCGUGCGUGAUCGUCGAAAGCGGCGAAUCGACGUUCGCGCCUCGUUGAAUGCAACGUCGGAUUUCGCAAUGCAACGUAUUUUUAAUAACUUUAUUAAAUAAUUACUAAAGUGCACUCGUCGUUAUUGUUAUUUUACGCAUGUGAUACCUAUGUUUUAAAAAGGAAAAAUUUGAUUUCUCAAUGUAUCAAGUUUGACCUGAUUUCUCAACUAAUAAAGUUCAAUUUGAUGUUUUCAUUCUUUCAGAUGUAAUUCUUUACUUCAGUGGAUUUGCAUCUUGUUUCAAUCAGACGCGUGAAGAUUAUAAAAGGUUUGAUAACAAAUAAAUCACUGGACUGUAUCUCUGUAUUUUUCAAAACUCACCAUAUUGAAGGGAAU